AUGAACGGAGCUCCAUCCUCGUCCUCUUCCGCAGCAGCUGCCCUAACCAUCAAGCUCGAAUUCGGCGGCGGCACAGAGCUGCUCCUAGCUCCUCCACGAGCAAAGUCACACACCAUACAGCUCCCCGCCCGCGUCUCCUCCUCCUCUAGCAACAGCAGCGGAAAAGUCCCCUCACCAAGCAUAACCGCUCCUACCACAUCCCACUCCGAGAAAAUAGCGGCUGUAGAUGGGACAGCAGCGGAAGCAGGAGGAGGAGCAGGGCAAGACGGACAAGGCAGGCCUGCAGAUAUGCGCUCCCUUGUGCGGUACAUAAAGGAAGAGAUGAUCGUAGAGCGCGCAGAGCUCUUCAUUGAUUCGGAUGGACAAGGAAUCCGACCAGGUAUCCUCGUACUGAUCAACGAUGCAGACUGGGAACUCGAAGGGGAGCUGGACUACCAGCUGCAAGAUGGCGAUGAGGUCUGCUUUAUCUCCACUUUGCAUGGCGGGUAG